AUGGCGCAGCAUCAAGACCUUAAAAGAAAAGGAGGUGCUGAUCCUGAUCAUCAGAUGUCAAGAAAUCAUGCCCCUCCUCCUCUAAGUAUUGAAGUGCCUAAAAUGAGUGAUCUUCCAAACAAGUUAAACCCUUGGAGUGACAUCCAUCUUCCUGUUGACAUUCUUUUGUUGACAGUAGAAGACUGCGAGUUUUUAGCUUGUUAUACUUUCUUGAAAAAUUCUUUUAAAAGUUAUCACCAGACCCUGGGAUACGUGUACUUUGGGACCAUGGGUGAAAGUGGAGAAGAGACGCUGAAAGUUGCUUUAAUGAGAUGUGAUAAAGGUUCUUCAGGUCCAGGUGCCUCUCAAAUUGUUAUUAAAAAUGCAGUGAUGCAACUGAGACCCAAGGCUGCUUUUUCCGUUGGCAGCUGCAAGGGUGUAAACCCAGUAAACACCAAGCUAGGAGAUGUAGUGGUGUCCUCUAAGCUUUCAACUGAAGAAUUCACAACUCCAGUAAGAAGAAAUAUUGGCAAACUUAACUUGUUUUCAGCUGAAGGCUGGAAUCUACCAUUAAAAGAUCCAGAUGAAGAAACAGCAGUAAAGGUACACCAUGACAGUGACAUAUUCAGUGGUAGUCAAUUCGUCACUGAACAACAUUGUAUGUCUCAAUCGCAUGUGAUUGCAGUUGAAAGGGAAGGGGAAGGUAAGAUUAUGUCCAUAUUACUAUAAUCAUAACAAUACAGUACCUAAUAUUGCCAAUCAUGUUUGACUAUGGGACUGCAUGGUGACAGUGUGAUUAGGUUAUUGUGGGGUGUAGUUAUUAUUAUAUUAUUAUUUUGCCAGGAGCAUAAAUUAUUAUUAAGCAUAAAAGAUUGUAAAUUACAGUCACUACACUGCAGAGAAAAAUUCUGAGCUAAUUUGGCUGUGCUAUAGAUUCUUGUUCACAGUGGAUUGUAAGGAUCACUGUCUGUUUUUUCUUUCCACUUUCAGGACUGUUUGCUGCAGCCCAUGAUAUGAACAUUGAAUGGGGGAUUGUUAAAGGGAUAUCACAUUUUUCUGAUGAUAGCAACACCUCUGAUGAGUCCUGGAAGUCAUUUGCUUCUGUCAUGGCAGCUUCUGUUGUGUCUAACAUGUUAAAUGAUCCUGUUGUUUUUAAAGAAUGGCCUCACUAUGAAGGUAUGUCACAUCCCUGAUCUCGUGAUUGAUUAUUAAUAGCGAUGAAUUUUCUGUUUAGUUAUUUUUGUGUAAACUGCUUCAAUAUUAUCCUUGGUUCAAAUUUUUCUCUCUGUUUCAAACUCAAAUCAUACAAUUAAUAUUAAAAUACCAAAAUAAUAGCAAAGGCCGAAAGAAAAACUUGUUUUAGGGGCUUUUCAAAUUCAUAAUACUUUUCUUCUAUUCAGACUUGACAGCAAAGAAUCAGCCAGAGACAACCACAAAGCCAGACAAACACCUGUACUAUCCUGUCAAUAAAAUUACACUAUAUCCAGGAGCAUUUCCAGAUUAGGGCAUGUUCAAACACAAAAUGGCAAAAUGACUUUCCUAAACAGUAAAAGCAAAUGACUCCCAGUUUUUUUGUCGUGUCCAGUUGUUAUUUCUUUGCCUUCUAUGAACCAGCAAUACUCUGCUCAGCAUGCAAAGCCUCACUAAUCUUGUUGUUGUCACUUUCUGUUUGUGACUUAAUUAUCGCAGUCACGUGAUCUUUCUUGUUCCAAGGGUCUCUCCUCUUCCCAGGGGCUUCUCGGUUUUCAAAAAUGGUGUCAGUUUCUUUCCCCCAGGGGGGGUACUCAAACAAUAAGUGAGUAAUAAUAGUUUUGUAAGAAGUGAGCUGCUGAGGGUUUGAAACCUGACCCAGUUUAGGACAAAAAAAACCUUUAAUACAUGCCCUGUUUAGGACAACACCCAGCCUCACUUUUAUUACUUAAUUUAUUGUUUAUGACAAUUUUUAUUAAAGGACAAAAUGCACGCUGUCUUGUUUUUAAGCCAUUUAUUAGCAACUUCAAUUAAGCAAAUUCACAUUAGAGUUAUUGCUUUUGUAUACUUCGAGUGCAAACAAAGUUCAUCAAGCAAAUCAGAUCAAUCGUGCAGGCAUUAAUACCCUGUCCAUAAUUAGGACAGACUCACACAAAAUUAUUUACCCGUUUUAAUUUGUACUUGUAGAACUGUUAGCAAUUUUUUUUGACUUUGGACUUUUUACUCCUUCAUCUUCACAUACGUUUCCCUACGGACGAGCUAUUUUUGGCGUUUGAUGAUGAGGUUGCAUGCGCACGUACAUCACGCAAGCUCUGUGUGACCACAAUCUCGUCACCAGAGCCUUCAAAUCAGAUUAUGGCUGCGCAAAAAUCGCUGUGCAGUAGUGUGGAGUGCACGUGACAACUCCACCUAAAGAAUUAUAGUAGGGAGGAUUACAAGUAAAAGAAAAAUUUGUAUUAUUUCUGAAUCAUUUUAGUCAUUUUGCUAUUUCGUCAUUUUGUUAUUUUGCCAUUUCGUCACUUCGGCAUUUUGUGUUUUAAACACGCCCUUCUAGAUUAAAUGAUUGAUGAAUUAACACUGGUUUCAGUAGAAAUAACACUAAUCUUUCAAUAUUAUACAGGGCUUCUGAUAUUUCGCGGAAAAAAAGCAAAAUUUCGCGGGAUUUUCAGGGGCAAAUUCGCGGAAAAAUCGGCCGAUUUCGCGGGAUUUUCGCGGGAAAAAAGUCAAAAUUCGCGGAACAAUCGGCCGAUUUCAGGCGAUUUUCGCGGGAGAAAAGUCAAAAUUCGCAGGAAAAUCGGCCCAUUUCGAGGGAUUUUAGCGGAAAAGAGUCAAUUUUCGAAGGAUUUUCAGGGGCAAAUAAUUUCCUAAGAAUUUCUGAGGAAAAUCGGCCGAUUUCACGAGAAAUUUCGGGGGGAAACUUCGCCAAGAAACAAUCAGUAAAAAAUCGCCGAUUUCGCUGGGGUUUUUUUUGGCAAAUUUCGCUAAAAUCGAUCAAUUUUGCGUCGAUAUGACCAGCGUUGGUGAACGUUUUUUUUUAACACGGAUAAUCAUUUACUCUUUCAACAACAGUUCGCUCGAGAAAUAAGCGCAUGUUAAAGCUAUCAACAUUAUGGUUAGUGCCCAGUUUUUCGCAACGUUCAUCUAAAAACGCCUGGUAGUUUUGGGACGUUGUUUACUCGUUGCAGUGAUGAAGUUUCAAGCUAAAUUUGGACGUUUGGGGUGAAUAAAACCGUUCUAAUAGCCAAGAUAAGUAUUAAAUAUGUUUUGCCGACAUAUGUUUGGAAAUACUUCUGGCGGAUUUCGCGCGUUUUUUGGGGAAUUUCGCGGGAUUUCGCGGAAAUACCUGAAUUUCGCGGGUCCGCGACCGCGCGAAAUAUCAGAAGCCCUGAAUAUAGUUGUUUUUCGCAUCUAGAGCACAGUUUUCUCAUAUUAUUGUGAGAGAUGUCUUUACCAAGAGAGCAGUCUAUUUUUGCCUGGCGUUUUAUAACCCCUUUUUCUUUCCUGGAAAUUUUGCUGAAAAUGCUGUUGGAAGCUCAUUUUUUAAUCCAUUUUCUGAUCCCUAUCUGGCCAAAAAGAUAGGCCAAAAUUUUCUAAAAUGCUGUAAGUCCAACACUACGCUGCCUUUUGUUCCUUAUGCUAAAAUAAAAUUAAUGUAAGUGUUGUUUUAAAAAGUGACACAACCACCUCAACUUUCUGUUGUUGCUUUCUCUCCUCCCUACUUCUAUCACUUUCCCUGCCCCAUUUUUGCCUUAUUUUGGGGAUUUACUAGGCUUCUUUUAGGUGAGACAUGUUUUUGGGAAAACAUUUAGCACCGUCAAAUUAUUUUGAAGGAAGAGCAGAUGGGAAAUGAAACUUCUUGAAAACAUUCUUGUCUUUGUUUCAGCUGUGUUUGAAUUAUUUCAAUAAUUUAGGAACUGUCUAAGGAAAUCCACAAAAUUGAAAAUGAUGUUGUGGUAUAGUCUCAGUCUAUCUAUCCACCCACCCACCCACCCAUCUACAGCUAGCUCUGACCUGCUCACCAUAUGAGUUACCCAUAGCUCAGUGGUUAGAGCAUCCUACAGGUUUCUGGAAGGUUGUGGGUUUGAUUCCAGUUAAGGUUUUGGAUUUUUUUUUCUGAGCAUUUCUUUGUUGUACCUAAUAUUUAUUUUUGGCAAUCAUUCAUCCACGUGAUGUUUUCUGUUAUUAAUUUCUGUAAAUUGACUCUGCCUCUCCUGGUAAGGGUUGCUAAUCAAGUGAAUCAACUACUAUUAAUUAUUGAAAAAAAUCUUCUUGGAAUUGACAAACGAUCCUUGUUAACAGGUGCUGAUGCUGUAUGCCUUGAGGAGUGCCAGAAACAGCUGCGAUCACUUUAUGAAACCAGUAGCAAAGUCAAAAUCAUUCCAUGGGACCAGAACUCUGCUGUUGAUAUUGAUGAGAUCUACACAGACUUGUCUUGGGUCAAGGAUCACAGGACACCAAGAGGAGAAACACAAGUGAAACUUAACCACUACACUGAGAUUUUUGGCAGGCAAGGCCGUCGUCGUGCGCCUAAGCGAAUUUUGGUUUAUGGACAGCCAGGUAAGUGAGUGAAUUGAGUAAGAAUUGUCUUAAGUUAAUUAACUGGAGAAUAAGUAUUCUCUGCCCUCGCCCACUUUUAUUACUUUGCGUUCCCAACCAAAACCGCCAUGCAAUGCAGGCCAGCAAAAAACAAGAACACAGGAACCCAUUGUUCUACUUGUAUAAUUAAUCCAGCAAUUUAUCAGCUGGUGAUGUGCAGGUUUCUUGAGUUUUUUGCUGACAUUAUGUACAUUCCAAGUGGGGUAAUUUUUUACCAUGCUGUCAAACCCAAUGAAAAGUUUUGUUUGUUGCUGUUGUAAAUAAAUAUUAUUUAAAGUUUAAACAAAGUUUUUUUGUUAACCAGUCUGAUAAUAAACAAUGUAUUUAAUUGACUUUAGAGCAAUCAGAACAUACACUGUAGACUCCAGUUAAUGUUGUGAUAAUGGUAAUAAUAUUGUGACUUAAUUAAUCUGAAAUUCAAGUUUAUUAAAUGUAUGCUAAAAGGAUAAACUAAAAAAAAAUCUUCCAAGGAUAAAAUUGUACCGCAACCUUCACAAUAGACUAAUGGUCACUGGCAGUUUGGCCCAGUUGGUUGAAAGCCAUAGUGCAAACCUGGGAUUAAAUUUUAACCUGGGUUUCUUUUUCUUUUUAACAAAAGCAUUUUCUUGGAUAAUUUUCUCUUUAUUUUUAGAGUAUCUAAUCAUCAAAUUGUAGACAAAAAGGAUUAAACUGAAUUUGCUUUUCAAGCUUAAUUGAUUUCUGAAUUCAAGUUUCACACUAACCCUGGGUUAUCUUAACCCAGCUUUGAGCAACCUGGCCCUUAUAAUAGUAAUAAUAAUAAUAAUAAUAAUAAUAACAACAACAACAACAACAACAAAUAAUAAUGAUAAUAACUUUAUUUUAGUGUCAAUGUAUUAAGCUUAACAGUUAGCUAAUUGCAGACACUUUCCUAAGUGCUGGCACUAAUCUAUUACAUGAUUUUUAAAAAUAGUUUGUGUAUGAACGAUUCAGUUCCAUUGUCUUUAUAAUGAAUUAUUUUGAAUAUGUAAAUGAGAUACCAUUAUCGAUGAAUGUAACUUUUGCCUUUAAUCAAAGCCAAAAAUUCCAAAAUGCCUUCUUUGAGGCAGGAAGCGAAACUUCUUUUUGGCAUAACUUUAGAGGCAAAUGCCACCCAUAUGUUGUUCACUCUGCAUUAGUUUAAAAAGUUUAAACAUAAAUAUUCCGUAAAAAAUAAAAUAAAAUAAAAUAAAUAAAUUAUCCUAAAUUUUUAUGACAAUUAUAAAUUCACAUUUCAAUAUUUUACAUUCCACUUCACGUGACUUCACAUGAUAAAAGUAAACCAAUGUUUUGAAGACGUAUUGACAGUUUGUUGUUAUUGUCACCUAGGAAUCGGCAAGACUGUUUUCACGAAGAAAGCAGCUUUUGACUGGUCCCAGCAGAGAUAUUCAGAAACAUUAGGAGAAUUUGAUCUUGUCCUUCUGGUGAGAUUACGUGACGUUAGUAAUCUCCAAGAUGUUCCGUCCAUUCUGAGGGCUUCUGAAGUGCUGGAUAGUAAUGGUGCAAUUUCCGUACACAACCUGUAUGAUUACGUUUGUCGCCAUCAAGAAGAAGUCUUGCUUAUCUUGGACGGCUACGAUGAGUAUGUGUACAGUUCAAAAAACGAGUCGCCUGUCUUCAAAAUCUGGAAAAAAGGCCAGUUAAGAGAUUGUUGUGUUGUAAUCACUUCAAGGGAAAUGAAAGCUGAGACGUUGAGAAAUUUUAGUGAUGCUCAAUUCAAGAUUGACGGCUUUAAUUAUCAGCACAAAGAAGAGUUUGCUCGUAUAUUUUUGAAAGAUGAUGAAGAUGUUAAAGAUUUUUUUGAAUACUUGGAGGAGCACGACCUAAGCGAACUGGCACAAAUUCCACUUUUACUGUUGAUGUUGUGCUUACUCUGGGCAAAAACAAAACGCGAAGAACUACCAAAGGAACGCGCACACAUCAUCGCCCAGUUUGUUAACACCUUGUUUGAUCACAUGUGUGAAAAACAGUCUGCUGAAGAAUCGGUUUCUGCCAAAGAUUACUCAGAUGAAUUAUACGCAUUAGGACGCUUGGCCUUUGAAGCCCUUUUGCAAGGCCAGCUUUAUUUCCCUGUUAGUCAGUUACCUGCUGGCUACAGUUCUAUCGAGAGGCUGAUUGAAGUCGGCCUUUUUCAAGUUUUAAAUAUGGCGAGUUUGAAUCCUGAAAAAGGCGUGUACUUUAUUCACAAAUCCGUACAGGAAUACCUGGCUGGGAAUUUCCUGAAAGAAGAGCUGACAUCUAAAAAGGCUGAAAGUACAAAUUCCCUCUCAAAGUUAGACUCAGUUGAAAAGAUCCGAGAGAUGAUUGAGGUUUUAAAAUUUGCUGUUCAGUUGUCAGAAGAAGCCGCGCGUGAGAUUGUGAUUCAUCUUGGAAUGAAGAGCGGACUGAAAGAGUUCAAAUUCAACAACGAAACACCGUCACAUUGGGACUUGUCAGAAGAACAAGAAGAUUUUAUUUAUCUUUGUAAUGAGUACUUUUUCGACUUCUCAGCUGAGACAAGAAAAAACCUCUUUCCUACAUUUCUUUCUUCUUUAGGAGGAAUUCUUGUAAUUAGUUCGGGGAAGCUAAAUGUUAUCGUAGAGGAAAAAUUAGUUCAAACUACCGAAACACCCAACUGCAUUUUUUUUAGGGAAAACCUGUAUUUAGACGAUUAUGAACACCAUGAUGACGAUUAUACAGAGCAGGACUAUAGUAAUUUAAUCAUUUUAACACAACAAUUAAACGCAGUUAUUGUUAGCUGUGCAGGAGAAAAGAAAGCAUCAGAAUUUUUAAGCAACUUAACAUGGCGUAGGAUUGAUGAAUUUUUUCUACAGAAAGAAGAAAACAACACUCACCUUUAUUUUAUAGCUGAUAUUGUUAAACGUAAACUUUGUAGAGGCAUAGAUUUUGAUAGUGGAGAUGAAGAUAUAAUUAAUUGUGAUAUAAUUAAGGCGCUUAUUAGUAAACAAGAGACAACAAAGAAGACAAACAUGAAUGGUGAUGAGUCAAGUGAAGAGAGCAGCAGCAGCUGUUGUUCAAAGCGUCAUGGUCUCUCCAGGGUUGGGUGGAUUGAUGCACGGUUGGUGAACAGUUCAGAAGUGGAACAGCUGAUUGAGAUAAUGCCGUUUAUCACCGCUCCACACUGGAUAGAUGUUUGGGGUGAACCCCGUGAAGUGUACGAUGCUGAGGUAACAGAGUCUCUGCUGAGGAGCAUCCAAGUAACACACAAACUAAAGAGAUUAACACUCUGGCGUAUCAAUGUAACAUCAUCACCUGCUGUGGAGUUUAUCAACACGUUAUUUCAAAAAGCACCAAACUUGGAGGAGCUCAUCAUGUCAUACAAUCCUCUUCUGGGUGCAGGAGUAGACAGCUUGAUUAAACAUCUCAGCUGCGCUCCUCACCUGAAGUAUCUGGUGCUUGAAGGAGUGAAGAUGACUCCACAGCAGGUGAUGGAUCUGACAACAGCUGUACAGCAGCACCGCAACAUCACUUAUCUGGAGUCAUCCUACCACGUAAGUUUUCCAGUUUUUAUCGCAAUUUGUUUCUUUAUUCUUUGUUUACAGUUUAUUUCGCUACUCAGCUCAUGCCUUUCGCCAUUUUCCUUUCUUUGUCAUUUUUAUACUCGACAAAACACGAGAUUUACUUUUGAAAACAAAUCACAAACUUUAGCAGAUUCAAAGUAUCAUUUCAAAUUCAUUCCUUUCAAUUGAUUAAACUAAAUCCAAAAAAUGUUUUAACCGAGAACAAGUAAAUUAAUCUGAAGGCGUUUUCACUGUGCAAAAUAAUGGAUCAGCGAGCAGAUAUGAAAUUUCUCUUUGAGUCUGGUUCAACUCGGUAUCAGCUCACUUAACAAACUUGUGAUAUAUGUAUUAACACAAAAAUUCCAUAGUAUUAAUUUCUCAAUCAAUUUUAAUUCGUUACUUUUAUAAAAUGAUGAAUAACAAGCAUAAAAUCAAAAAGUGUUCUGUUCAUGUUCGACAAUUCAAACAAACUAAAUUUGCAAAAAUCAAGAGAAAAAAAGUGAACCACUUACAGUUUCACUUUUAUCGCUAAGGUUUCGUAAAAUCAGCAAAACUCAAGUAAAGUUUCUUUGAGAGUCCAGAAAACGAAGAAGUCUUUUUAGAGCUGUCCUUUUGUUUGAAUGUCCCUUGCGUUUCGGUAAAUGCUUGUCGUCCCGUAAAUAACCUCACUGUAGCGUAGGUUUUUGAGACAGCGUUCCACAAAAAAUAUAAUUCCUCUGAGACACUUUGGUUGAAAUUUAACACCAUACAUUUAAUCAUAGGUAAAGCACUCCUCUAUGGUACUAGCUGUCUAUUUUUGUCGGUUACUUGUUUUCCAGUUUUACGACGAACACAACAAAUCCUGCGUCACUUCGCGUCUUGUAUGAAUGAGUUGAAGUUCAUAAAUGUAGUUUCCUUUAGCAUGUACAAAUCCUUUGACAAAUUCCUGAGUACUUGAGGCGAGUUUUUCUCUUAACUGGCAUUUUACGGUGUUUUCUGAUUCUUUUUGUGUCCAUCGUGAGUAUUUUUGCGUGAAACUGUCAUUCAAAGUGACGUGAGAGAAGACUAGUGACGUGGCGACAGCUGAUUGGUUAUAUAACUACCCACGUGGUAGAAUUUUCCCGCCUUUCGUUUGGCAGCGCAGCAAGCGUUUCUUUAGACGAGACGCAGGUUUUUCACUGCCUCCCCUCCCCACCCCCACUAAGGAAAAACUGAUCUCUAAGAAUUUUAUUAGAGCAAGAAAUCAUGAUAGAAUUAUGAUGUCUCGAUCAGACAUAAUAUUUCUAUUAAUAGAAGAAAGGGCUCCAUGGGUUCAAUAAUUCGCACAUUUUAAGAGUAUAUUAUUUGAUUUUGCUGUUUUGAAAGUCUUGCAUGCAAAUUUUAGGGGUUGAAAAGUAGAAUGUGGUCUUUAAGCUGCGAGCAUCUUUAGAGGUGUGUCCAAGAAGUCAGAUGCAUUUUUUGGUUGGUUUUGUCGUUUUCCCCUCUUUUUCGUAUUUUAAACUCCUUUUUUCAACAGAACUUUAGUUCGUGAGGCCCUUGCUUUUUCUGUAUGUAGGUAAUUUCUAAUCACUAUUAAACGGCACAAAAAUUCGGAGAUUUGGGGUUGACAAGGAAAAAUCAGGAACGUCUUACGCAGCAACCUAAAGGCUGCUUUACACUAGCGACGGAGUCGGAGUUGGAGUCGUAAGAUCGUUUAUGACCUAGUGAAAAUAAAAAAUCGGAGUCAUAAGCGGAGUAACCGGAGAUCAGGCUCUCUUUUCGUUUCGCUUUUGAAAAUUACAUUCGUGCGGGCAAGGCGAUUUUUUUAGCGGUAGCCGUUAGAGAGAAUGCAUGAAAACCGCUAAAAUUGGGCCUGAUCUCAGGUUAUAAGAGGCGUGAUAAGCCCGCCGAAAUCGGAGUCAGAAGAAUUAGAACGUUUCCAUUUCUUCCGACUCCGCUUACGUUCCGCUUAUGAUCUAGUGAAAACCAGAUUGUCGGAGUCGGAAGCAGAAGCAGAAGGAUAAACCAAUCCCGAUGCACGUUCUCACGCUUUGUGAUUGGUUUGGUUCUUCCGCUUCUGCUUCCGACUCUGACAAUCUGGUUUUCACUGCAUCAAAAGCGGAACUUAAGCAGAAUCGGAACCCUGUUUUCAGUAGAUCAUAAGCUCUACGCUUUUGAUUACGACUCCGACUCCGACUCUGUCGCUAGUGAAAAGCAGCAUUAAUUUUGAGACACUCACAAGAAAGUUUUUUUAGCGCAGCGGUACUCGCAAGACCAUUCAGGACGAAAUUACUGUUUAGGGCAUGCGGAUUUUAAGACUUUGAACUAAAUAAGGCCUCGGAACGGAUUGCAAAAUGAUCGAAAUCUCUUGUUUAGUCCUAAAUAUAACUAAAUUAAAGAAGAAAAGCGUCAUUGUCGCAAGCCGAAAUAUAAUAUAUAGUACUACUUUGACUAUGUGCUGUAGAAAUGACCUCUUUUCGGAGUGAAAUCAGCUUGAGCUUUACUGAGAUUGGUCUUUUUAAGUCCCAAGAGUGAUCAACAUGAAUUUUGUCUUAACAAUAUCAAAACAUUAUCAAAAGAAAAGGUUAGGAGAAGAAAUAAACUGAUGAACAAAAGAGGAGUACUUUGAUCUUUUAUCAAAUUUCCCAACAAAUUCUAUAAGGCAAUGUAUGAACACUAGUGUGGAGAAUUUGUAUUUUUAUAUUGGGGCCUAAAGGGUCAAGGGUAAAAUUCUAGUUGUCCCAUGAGCAUUCACGUCCCCAUCACAUAGUAGUUAACCCCUGGGGUUAUUUUUACCCUUUCGUUGCUUAUCACUUAAAGAAAGGUUUUAAAAUCUAGACUACACUUUCGAUCUUUUAAACGUUGCUUUAAAAGUUGAAUUGUGCUAGUGUUAUUUUUUGAUUUGUUGUAGGAUCGUGAAGGGAACGCCGAGCCUGAACAUAAAUGGCCAUCAGAAGAAGAUUGGAAAGAGUGGUACCCCAGUCUCUUUUCUCACUCAUCAAGUGAAUCACAGCCGCAAAGGCAACAGGUUGGUCAUCAACUUUGGCAAAAGAAAAUCGAGUAUAAUAUUCCUUGAGUUCUGUUAUUUCUUGGGGAAAAAAGCUGAAAAAAAAAACAUUCCGUUUAAAAACGUGUGGUUUUUCUUCAGCUUUUCAGGGGUUCACUUAUUAUAAACUGAAACUGAAGGAACAGGAAAUAUGUUUUGUAUCAUAGUAGUUUCAGGCUGUUUUUUUUUCUAGUCGCGAUUUAAUAAAAACUGAGUCAAAUCAAAACAGUGCAGUUGAAUAUAAGUCUUACUAACACUAACAAGUUAUUUCUGCGGUCUUAGGCUCUUACUUCACUUCUUAAAAGAAGUGAGCAAAGUCAUACCGAAACCGACGGUUCUCUUGCAACGAUGGUUGGCUUUUAAUUGUGGAAGUUACUGUCCGAACAAUAUUGCAACGGACUGCAAUCCGUUUCGGAAAUACCUCUGGUUUUGGAAACGACCUGAAGUUUUCUUCAGACGUUUUUUACCGUUCGGGAAGUCGAUUUAAUCGUGCACUUUGAAAAGACUUGCUGAUUUUCGUACGUGAAGUUUAUACAAGCAGGGAGAAAAUGUGGAUCUUUGAGAUGUUUAUUGACUUGCAAAUUUCACCGCUAUCGCUGUAGUAGAGCAUUUUUACGCAUUUUAAGCAAACAUGGAGCUUGAGGCUUGGAUCAAACCAGUCAACAGUGCACUGAGGUUCUGUGUUUGUAUAGUGUUGUUUUCAUUUCUAACAGAAGAGUUUUUAUAGCUCAAUCAUGUUAUUGUCUCAUCAACUCCUAUCCUGUUUCAGGCGUUCAGAUAGUGGAAAGUGCCACUCUCCACUAUCUGAAAGCCUGGAACAGGCUCUGAUCAACUCUUGUUUUCUUUUACCACUCGCACAGAUUCCGGCAGAGACUCGCCUCAGUAUUCACGACUCACCAUUCCCCGCUGACGAUCAAGACACCGUGGGAAGAACAUUCUCAGCGUCUCCUGAUCCCACCGGUAAGGUUUCUUGUCCUCCAGCCCCCCCAUUUGCUCUCCAGUUCCCUGCCUUCCCAAUCACAGAUGUAACAAAACCUGUUGGCAAUUAAUGCCCUGAGCACUACUAGGAAGUUGUACAUAAGUUCGUUGCGCUCAAAGUCACUUUUGGUUUGUGAGAUUGCCUUCUUUUUAAUAACUGCGGUGUAGACUUGCAACAAGUUGCUCUUUUCACAUCCCGGUGGUAAUAUAGGUGAAAGAAAUCGGACUUAUACGAUUAUGUUUAUUCAUUAGUCUGUUUAUAGACCAAAAAGGUAUUCUACGUGUUACUACCCGGCAUGAGUAUUUAACGGACCAGGCCUUUAAUACAGAAACGAAAAGCAUGUUAAUAGUUAGAACAGUCACUGAGGAAGUUUAAGGUGAUUCCCUGGUUUUGCACUGCGCAUCUCUUACUGCGCAUAACAAGAUGGCCUCCGUAAAAAAGAGCAUGUGAAGUAACAUUAUUAAAAUGAAGUUGACCGAAGAGAAACGCUAUUGCAAUUUUUGCUUGCGGUUGUUUCUUGCAGAGGUAAGACUCAAUGUGGUGGGAAUGUGCAUAACGUAAGCAGUACGCGUGUUGCUGAGUUCGACUUCCUCACGGAGAACCUCGAUAGUGGAUGUUUAAUUUGUGCUUACUCACUUUGAUUUUCAUUUAAACGCUUUCUUUAUUACAUUGUGUCCUAAAUGUGAUAUCUCGAUGUAAAUUCUGUAAAAACGGAUUUUUUAAUACUUUCUUCCCCCUUUCGCAUACAUUCAAUUUUGACCUCGCCGCAGUCCUCUCUCAAAAAUCAAGGAAAAUGCAUUUGGUGCGCACUUUCUGCAGCUCUACCGCAAAAACGAGUACGGUGACCCCCAUUUUUAUUUCAUGAUUUUAAUAAGGACAGUGCUUCCUUUCGGUGAGAAAAAAAUUGUCACAAAUCUAUGUUCAGUUUUUUGGCAAUGUUACUAAAUUGUAUGGAUUGAGCUAUCACGUGUCGAAUAGCGCGUGUCCAAUUUAAUUCUACUUUGGAGCAUUAAGUAAAAACAAGGGCAUGAAAAGGCAUUUUUCUGGUACGUAAGUGGAUAAACAAUACAUUAAAGUCAAAUUCUGUGCGAUACCACAUGCAUCAUUGAAAAAAUCGUACCUUUUUGUCUAGUUUUGGGCUGCGCGCGGCUUUUGUCAAAGGGUCCAAAAUAGCCGUAUUUGUCAGCAUUGUGACGUCAAAACGAGCACGGUGACCCCCACUUUUUAUUACCUUUUUAUCAUCUUCUUGACUCGUUACAUUAGUGUACUAAGUUUCAUCUACAGUCUAUGUUAGGUUCUUUUACUAGGGAAUCACCUUAAAAGGAAAAGAUCCUCUUUCUCCUGUUUCGAUGUAGACAUUUUCCGGUGUUACCUAAAGUGAGCGAUGUUUGCACUAAUGAUCAUUUAAACUUAGGUAGUAAAACAAGGGGGCAUAACAUUAAGAAAGAAUAAAUAUUCUAGAAGUCUAAAUAUCAGUCUGAAAUCGAUGGUUUCCUUUAUACGUUAUGUGACGUGGGAUCCUUAUUUCUUCCUUUAGCUGAUCCAAUGUUAGCAGGGCCGUCCAUUCCUACUCGUGGGAUGCUAAUUUCUACCUUCUUUUCCCUUAACAGUUGAACCGAUGUUAACAGAGGCAUCUAUUCCUACAGCGCAUGGAUCCAGCCACGGUCUGGUACCUCACGUUCAGUAUUCAGCGCUUUACACCUCACCAGAUAUCCACACCCAUCAUCACAGUGCCACAUCCACCAUCUUUACACCUGGAGGUUCCUUGGCUACCGAUUCGUAUCUCAUCAGUGGCCCUGGUCCUUCUACAGUCACACAGGAAGAGCCCAUUGAUAAGGUAAUGAGGCCGGAAAAGAGCGAUGGGCCGAAUUCACAUAGCUGUUCUUGUUUAUUAGUUUGAAACAGUUUUAAGGAUUAUUGAGAACGACUUUAUGGAUCAGUCGUUUACUCAAUUACAAAGUUGUUGAUAGGAAUGUUAUUGAGCAUUGCUAGCCCCAAGAGUGUCAGAGCUCAAGGUGGUACCUAUAUUUUCGUGGUCGGAAGGUUUUGAGGACUUUGGUCAGUAUUCAUCCUUCCUGGGAUGCCUGUGUGGAUCAGACGCCUCAAACCUGAUGUUUGGAGCGCCAUUCACCCUCGCUGGGCUCUAACAAUGUAAGACACCUGGAGGACACUAACACCCGUAAUGAAGAUUAAAAGAACAAAAAUGCCAUUGAUUAAUAGAAAGCAAGUUGGAUGACAUUAAAAAAAAAUUAACAAACAAAGAUGAAACGGGGUUGGUCGAGAGGGGUCGGUUUGACUGACAUGUUUCUCUUUAGAAAGAGGCGUACCUUUUUGGUUUGGCCAAAUCUUGAAAAAAUGGUAUUUUGCUGUAUUAACCACGGUAUAAAAGUUUUGAACUGACUUUUCUGCGUGGUGAACCGUAUGUUUUUCUUUGUUUACUCCAUAGGAGAUGUGGCCACAGACUGAGAUUCAAGAUUUGCUCCAGCUGGAACGCUUGUCCCUUAAAGAGGUAAUGAGGCCGGGUAACGAUUAGUCCUUUCAAAGGCACUGUUUUACAGCUGUUUCGGAUAACACGCGACCUGCGUUGUCAAAAAGGUUUCAGGAUUUUGGGUUUUUCUUUGAUGUCAAAAACGUUUCAGGAUUUUGGGUUUUUCUGCAAUGUCAAUCAAAUCGUUACCGUAGCAUCCACUGUAUUGGUCAAAUAAAGGUGGCAAUAACGAAGUAAAUGUUGGCGGGAACGUACCGAUUCGUUUUCACUCUCCCAUAUCUGUGUUUCCUCUGGAUUUGGACGCUCUAUACGAACAAUCUAAACUUGCCAUGUUUCAGUAUAACGAAGAUUAAAAAGACUUAGGGUGCGUUCGAUUGGGAAAUCCGGAUUUAGAUUUUCAGAAUCUAAAUCCGGAUUUCCCAAUCGAACGCGAAAUCCGAAAACGGAUUUCACCUCCGAGAAAUCCGUUCUCAGGGUGGAUUUCAAUUAAGAAAUCCAAAUCUGCAUUUCAGGGAUUUCCUUUUUACCGUUCGAUUGGGAAAUCCGAAAAAGGAUUUGCAAAACUAUCCUCGUGAACAGUGGUCUUCUUUUUGCUAAGUAUGCGUGCGCGUGCAAGACCGCUGUUCUUAAGGACAGUUUUUCAAAUCCUUUUUCGGAUUUCCCAAUCCAACGGUAAAAAUGAAAAUCCAAAAACAGAUCUCUCAGCGUUGAAAUCCGUUUUCGGAUUUCGCGUUCGAUUGCAAAUCCGAAAUUUGGAUUUUAAAAUCUAUAUCCAGAUUUCCCAAUCGAAUGCACCCUUAGAGCUAAGGUAAAACUUACUCCGCUUUUCAAAAACACACGACCUAACUCUGAAUUUUAAAAGCAACGAACCUCGAAAUACACAAAACGGAUCAAAAUCCAAUAAUCACAAAUCACAAACCAUGACCUUUGGUUUCCUAAGAGGUCCGCUACAUGUAAGGGUAAAAUUCUAAUUGUCCAAUGAGCAUCCACGCCGCCUUCACAUAGUACGGUUAUUUUUACCCUUAAAUUGCACAUCACUGAAACAAAGGUUUUAAGAUGAGUACACUGUCGAUUUUUUAGACGAUGCUUUCAAAGGGGAAUUGUGUUAAUUGUUAUUUUGUGAUUUGUCGUGGUAUGAUUACGGGAACACCAGGCCAGAUCAUAUAUGGCCGUCAGAAGACUAUUGGAAAAGGCGGUUCCCCACUCUCUUUUCUCACUCAUCAAAUGAAUCACUGCCGCAAAAGCAACAGGUUGGUCAUCAACAUUUGCUAAAGAAAAUCGAGUGUAACAUUUCCUGAGUUUGGUAUUUACUGCUCGAAUAAUCCGUUUCCGAAGUAUCUGUGGUUUAGGAAACGACCUGAAAUUUACUUACGUUUAUCACCUUUCAGGAAGUUGUUUGAAUCUUUUUUAAGUACACUUUGAAAAAGUCGCUGAGGAGACCUUUGUGAUAUUUAGUGACAUAAAAAUGUCAACGUUCUCGCUGUACUGACUAGAGCCUUGUUACGCAUUUAAAGCAAACAUGGAGCUUGAGGCUUGGAACUGACCAGUCAACAGAAGACUGGUUCAGCGACUGACGUUCUGUCUUUGUAAAAGGGUUUCUUUUUGUUCAACUGGCACACUGGGUGCUGGUCUCUUCUCUGCAGUUUUCCAAUCAUUCUACUGUAACUAAACUCUAUAUACUAGUAAGAUGGACACUACACUGAACCAGACAAUUGGAGUUGGUAUCCAUCUUAGAGAGAGUUAGGGUGACCUGAUUAUUUUUUAGAUUAUACACCUAGCUGAGUGAUCUUAAUACUGUCAAAUAACUGUUAGCAGGAGAUCACACGUUUAGUUUGGUUCCGCGGUACUGAUUUGGAAUAUUCCGUCUUUGGUCCCUUUUUCAGAGGGACACUCGCCCAAGUGCUAAGGACGUGCCGUCACACAAUCCUGGAACCGCAGGACCAGUUCCAGUACCUCUCCAUUCUGCUGGAAACCGUAGGAGAGCCCCACUGCAGGCACCCCAGCCGCAAAGUGCACGUCCACGUGAUCCGCAUCUUGGUGGUCCAAUGUCUUCAGUCACGUUCCUGCCAGUACCUCCCAGAAACCGCACGAGAUCCCCACUGCAGGCACCGCAGCCGCAAAGUACAAGUCCACGUGAUCCGCAUCUUGGAGGUCCUAUGUCUUCAGUCACGCACCUGCCAGUACCUCCCAGAAACCGCAAGAAAGCCCCACUGCAGGCACCGCAGCCGCAAAGUACAAGUCCACGUGAUCCGCAUCUUGGAGGUCCUAUGUCUUCAGUCACGCACCUGACAGUAACUCCCAGAAACCGCACGAGAUCCCCACUGCAGGCACCGCAGCCGCAAAGUACAAGUCCACGUGAUCCGCAUCUUGGAGGUCCUAUGUCUUCAGUCACGCACCUGCCAGUGACUCCCAGAAACCGCACGAGAGCCCCACCUCAGGCACCGCAGCCGCAAAGUGAUCCGCAUCUUGGAGGUCCUAUGUCUUCAGUCACGCACCUGCCAGUACCUCCCAGAAACCGCAAGAAAGCCCCACUGCAGGCACCGCAGCCGCAAAGUACAAGUCCAAAUAUAAGCCCCUCCAAAUAUAAGCCCCCCCAAACUCGUAGCGCAAAAAACCCUCCGUUAAAUUGCCCCUCCAAAUAUAAGCCCCCCGGGGGGCUUGUACUUGGAAAUGUCCCUCGAAUGCAAAGUCAAACAAAGCAAAAAUGGUAA